AGGUUACAACAGAUGGAAAACCAAAAAUCAUUGAUAUCAUAGAUACAACAGGAAGUGGUGAUGUGAAUACUGCGACUGUAGUAGAGCCAAAAGAUGGUGAAAUUCUUGGUCUUUCAGGAAGAAUGCUUAAGCUUUUUGUAAUCACUUUGUACAAAGAAGAUGCCGCUAACAUAGGGUUACUAAGCCACCUGUGUAGCAAGACACCUGUGAUUAAAUAUUCUUUGAAUUUGUCAGCUGGUGACGACUUACCUUAUUGUUUCAACACUUUAUUAUUGUUGUUACAUCAUGAGCUGUUGCAGGAACAUUAGAAUUAAGAAUCUCUGUUCUCUAAAGAAGGUUGAUAUGUUUUUGAAUGAAAGAUGUUAGUUGGUCUUCCAAAUUUUAAAUUUAACGUACUGCAAACAUUCACCUGAUUCAGAAAUGAUUACUGAUAUGCAGGCCUUUUAAAGUUCAUGAAUCUUUGAAGGUCUAUGCAUGCUUUCCUCUAUUUGUGAGAAAAUUUCAUCCAGAAUUUCCUACCAGGGGAAUAAUUUGAUGAGGGACAUGGGGAUGAGUUGGUUAAAGAUAUUAUACCAAUGAGAACAGAUGAGUCAACCAACUUUGGAUCAACCAGCCUUAUAAUUAGUAGACAUUGAAAGCUGUUUUUGAUGGCCGCGGGUCCUGUGAUGACAGAGCAUGAAUACUUCACGUUGCCCUGAUGGACAUUUCAAGUUGGUUAAUGGUUCCUGUGAGCUGGACAAAUCCCUCCGGCAGAUACCAUAUUGGCAUAAAAAAUGGCUAUGACUUCUAUCCAAAGGCUCUCAAGGAAAGGAUACAGAAAGAACGGAAGGAAAAAAUCUGGGACCCUAUUCACAGAGUGGCGCUUGCAGAAGCCUGUAGAAAACAGGAAGAAUUUGAUGUCACCAGCAAUUGCCCUUCCCAAGCAAAUAAACUACUCAAGGAAGAGCUCCAAAGUCAAGUGGAAUUACUAAAUUCUUUUGAGAAAAAAUACAGUGAUCCUGGCCCCGUGUAUGACUGCUUGGUGUGGCAUGAUGGGGAAACCUGGAGAGCUUGCAUUGAUUCAGAUGAAGCUGGGGACUUGAGUAAAUCCACCAUAUUGAGAAACUACAAAGAGGCCCAAGAAUAUGGUUCUUUUGGUACAGCUGAGAUGUUGAAUUACUCCGUUAAUAUAUAUGAUGAUGGAAACCUGCUGUCCAUUGUGACCAGUGGAGGAGCUCACGGAACACAUGUAGCUAGUAUAGCCACUGGACAUUUUCCAGAAGAACCUGAACGGAAUGGUGUAGCUCCCGGUGCUCAAGUUCUUUCCAUCAAGAUUGGUGAUACGAGGCUAAGUACCAUGGAGACAGGCACCGGCCUCAUAAGAGCUAUGAUAGAAGUCAUAAAUCAUAAGUGUGAUCUUGUCAACUAUAGCUAUGGAGAAGCGACUCACUGGCCAAAUUCUGGGAGAAUUUGUGAAGUGAUUAGUGAAGCAGUGUGGAAGCAUAAUAUAAUUUAUGUUUCAAGUGCUGGAAAUAAUGGUCCAUGCCUUUCAACAGUCGGCUGUCCAGGUGGAACUACAUCAAGUGUAAUAGGUGUUGGUGCUUAUGUUUCUCCUGACAUGAUGGUUGCUGAGUAUUCUCUGAGAGAGAAGUUACCUGCAAAUCAGUACACGUGGUCUUCCAGAGGCCCCAGUGCUGAUGGGGCCCUUGGAGUGAGUAUCAGCGCACCAGGAGGAGCCAUUGCUUCUGUUCCCAACUGGACCUUGAGAGGCACUCAGCUGAUGAACGGGACGUCUAUGUCUUCUCCCAAUGCCUGUGGGGGCAUUGCCCUCGUUCUUUCAGGUCUGAAAGCUAAUAAUGUUAAUUACACAGUUCAUUCAGUCAGAAGAGCUCUAGAAAACACUGCAGUGAAAGCUGACAAUAUAGAAGUUUUUGCCCAAGGACAUGGUAUUAUUCAGGUUGAUAAAGCCUAUGACUACCUCGUUCAGAAUACAUCAUUUGCUAAUAAAUUAGGUUUCACUGUUACGGUUGGAAAUAACCGUGGCAUCUACCUCCGAGACCCUGUUCAGGUUGCUGCACCUUCAGAUCAUGGCGUUGGCAUUGAACCUGUAUUUCCAGAAAAUACUGAAAACUCUGAAAAAAUAUCCCUUCAGCUUCAUUUAGCUUUAACUUCAAAUUCAUCAUGGGUUCAGUGUCCCAGCCAUUUGGAACUCAUGAAUCAAUGUAGACACAUAAACAUACGUGUGGAUCCCAGGGGCUUAAGAGAAGGAUUGCAUUAUACAGAGGUAUGUGGCUAUGACAUAGCAUCCCCUAAUGCAGGUCCUCUGUUCAGAGUCCCAAUCACCGCAAUUAUAGCAGCAAAAGUAAGUGAAUCAUCACAUUAUGAUCUAGCGUUUACAGACGUACAUUUUAAACCUGGUCAAAUUCGAAGGCAUUUUAUUGAGGUUCCUGAAGGUGCCACGUGGGCUGAAGUCACAGUGUGUUCAUGUUCCUCUGAGGUGUCAGCCAAGUUUGUUCUUCAUGCAGUGCAGCUUGUGAAGCAGCGAGCCUAUCGAAGCCAUGAAUUCUAUAAGUUUUGUUCCCUUCCAGAAAAAGGAACACUGACUGAAGCUUUUCCUGUUUUGGGUGGGAAAGCAAUUGAAUUCUGCAUUGCUCGCUGGUGGGCAAGUCUUAGUGAUGUCAAUAUUGACUAUACUAUUUCUUUCCACGGGAUUGCGUGUACUGCUUCUCAGUUAAAUAUUCAUGCAUCAGAAGGAAUCAACCGUUUUGAUGUUCGGUCUUCCUUGAAAUAUGAAGAUCUGGCUCCCUGCAUAACUUUGAAGAGCUGGGUCCAAACACUACGCCCACUGAGUGCAAAAACAAAACCAUUAGGAUCAAGAGAUGUUUUGCCAAAUAAUCGUCAACUUUAUGAGAUGAUCCUGACUUACAACUUUCACCAGCCCAAGAGUGGGGAAGUAACUCCAAGCUGCCCACUACUUUGUGAAUUACUUUAUGAAUCUGAAUUUGACAGCCAACUGUGGAUUAUAUUUGACCAGAACAAAAGACAGAUGGGUUCAGGCGAUGCUUAUCCACAUCAGUAUUCUUUGAAACUGGAGAAAGGAGAUUAUACAAUUCGACUACAGAUUCGUCAUGAGCAGAUCAGUGACUUGGAACGUCUUAAAGAUCUUCCAUUUAUUGUUUCUCAUAGGUUAUCUAAUACUUUGAGCUUAGAUAUUCAUGAAAAUCAUAGCCUUGCACUUCUAGGAAAGAAGAAGUCAAGUAAUUUGACAUUACCACCCAAGUAUAACCAGCCAUUCUUUGUUACUUCCUUACCUGAUGACAAAAUUCCUAAAGGGGCAGGACCUGGAUGUUACCUUGCAGGAUCCUUAACAUUAUCAAAGACUGAACUUGGAAAGAAAGCUGGGCAGUCUGCAGCAAAACGACAAGGAAAAUUUAAAAAGGAUGUAAUCCCUGUUCAUUAUUACCUAAUACCUCUACCAACAAAGACUAAGAAUGGCAGCAAAGAUAAAGAAAAAGAUUCAGAAAAAGAGAAAGACUUAAAAGAAGAGUUUACUGAAGCAUUACGAGAUCUUAAAAUUCAGUGGAUGACAAAGUUGGAUUCUAGUGACAUUUAUAAUGAAUUGAAAGAAACGUAUUCUGAUUACCUUCCUCUGUAUGUUGCACGACUUCAUCAGUUGGAUGCUGAAAAGGAACGAAUGAAAAGACUUAAUGAAAUCGUUGAAGCUGCAAAUGCUGUUAUUUCUCAUAUAGAUCAGACGUCCCUAGCAGUUUACAUUGCAAUGAAGACUGACCCCAGGCCUGAUGCAACUACUAUAAAAAAUGAUAUGGACAAACAAAAGUCUACCCUCGUGGACGCGCUUUGUAGGAAAGGGUGCGCCCUGGCUGACCAUCUUCUUCACACAGAAGAUGAGGAUGGGGCCAUUUCAAGUGACAUAGGAGGCCGGGAGGAGGAAGGAGAAAGCUCCCUGGAUUCUCUGACAGAAACUUUCUGGGAAACUACAAAAUGGACGGAUCUUUUUGACAAUAAGGUUUUAACAUUUGCAUACAAGCAUGCAUUAGUAAACAAAAUGUAUGGGAGAGGCCUUAAAUUUGCAACUAAACUUGUGGAAGAAAAACCAACAAAAGAAAACUGGAAAAAUUGUAUUCAACUGAUGAAGUUACUUGGGUGGACACAUUGUGCAUCUUUUACUGAAAACUGGCUCCCCAUCAUGUAUCCUCCUGAUUAUUGUGUAUUCUAAAAUAGGAACCGAGACUUUAAAUUUUAAAAAAGUUUUAUAGUGAAUGAAUAUGAACAAAUUUGUGGAAUUUUUAGUCUAAUGCAUGUUUUCAUUUGCUAUCAAAUACUGAUAAUUAAAAUGAUGUGUAUUUAUCAGAGAAUUCACUGGCAUGUGGCUUAAUACAUGUAAAUCUAGACCUCUGACAUCAUGGUGUUUUCUUACUGCCUCACAUUGCUGGCAGCAGGCUAUGGAUGCCCUGCCUGCCAGCACCAAGGACUUCAGUUGGGUUGCAGCUGUUACUUGCAUGAUAGGUUUUGAACAAUAACUUUUAACUGCAAACCUGUAAAAUUCUAUUUUUUAUUUUAUAAAUGAACAGAGUUUUAACAUGCUCAACUUUAAUUUUUUCAAUUGUGUGAAGGCCUUAAAAAAGCUACAUUAAGCGUAGCUAAAUUAUUUAUUGGAAUAAAAAGUAACAGAACUUCAUUUCCAGAUUUUUUUUUUGACAAACAUUUACGUUCAGUUAAGGGGAUAAAAAUAAAAUAAAACUGGCACAAAUAAAUGUGUGGCAAUUGCUGGAGCAUAACUGCUUCAGAAAAUCUUCAUCUUGGAGUUAUUUCAGGCCAAUCACUUUUUAACAUCCUUUGACAUGCAGAGGCUCAGAAUGAACCAAUAGCACAUGUAUAAGUGCCAGACAGCUGACUCUUUAUCAGGUAUUGUAAAGAUACACAUAUGUGUGUUUAUGAAAGUUGAAAUAAUGUAAACACAUGAAUAUGUGCAAAACCAAGGUCAUAGCAUAUCAUAUGCAGUCUGAUAUCUUAAACUUUUUUAUAAAUAAAAGUGAAUAUUGAAGCUUCUUAAA